AUGGAUAAUAUGAAAUUCACGUGGCGUACAUGGGACCGAGAUCAGUGGAAACUACCACACAAAAUCUUCGAGCAUGUCAACGUAUACCACAUCGAGCUCAACAGAGAUAUCCCGAUCCAUCCCAAGGAAGAUAAAAUACCAUAUGUAUCCGACUGGUCUUUGAACCGCUGGGUUAUUAUCACCUCUGGAGUUCCACUUCUGGUCCACCAGCUCUUUACCUCUUUUACCAGAUACAACUUCCACCCGAUCAUCGCCUUCUUCUACUACUACCAAGCCUCAAGAUUGUUCACGACACGCGAGUUGCGGACUCUCCGAGAGCUCGGUCAUACCUACGGGUUUCUAGACGGCGACAAACACGAGCGAGAUGGUGUGCCCGACGUGGGAGUUUCAAAGGCUCUGAUCUCGGUUAUGUUGGCUGGGAUUGUGCGUCCACUGAUGACAGUAUGGCUCACCUACGAUGCAAAUAAACCACCAGCUUCAUUAAGCUGGGCUUGGCUGCUCAUAGAGAUUAGUCUUUACGGGAUCAUUCUUGAUUUUUGGUUCUAUUGGUACCACCGUGUCAUGCAUGAUGUGAACGGUCUCUGGAGGUUCCACCGUACCCACCAUUUCACGAAACACCCGAACCCACUGCUCACAAUUUACGCGGACUCGGAGCAGGAAUUCUUUGACAUUGCCGGUAUUCCAUUGAUCACAUGGUUUACGAUGAAAUUUAUGGGUAUGCCGAUGGGAUUCUACGAAUGGCACGUUUGUCAGAUGUAUGUUAUUUUUGCCGAGCUGGCUGGACAUAGCGGUCUUCGUCUUCAUGCUUCGCCGCCCAACCCUGUGACAUGGUUGAUGCGGAUGUUUGAUGCUGAAUUGGUGAUUGAAGAUCAUGAUUUGCAUCAUCGUCAUGGAUGGAAGAAGAGCCAUAACUAUGGCAAGCAAACGCGGGUGUGGGAUCGGGUCUUUGGAACGUGCAGUCCCCGUAUUGAGAGCGUGGAGGCGAAUAUUGAUUAUGAUAACCCCGUUAGCAUGCCGAUUUUGUGA